UAUGAGAAUGGAAAAUCUGUGUGUGUGUAUUAAUGGUAAGUCACGUUGUCUGUGAAUGUUGGAUCAUUAUGUAUAUGGUAAAUCAUGCUGUGUGUGUAUUUGCAGGGGUGUCGUUCAACAGCGUUUACACACAGAUCUGGAGGGUUCUCCUACACCUGGCGGCCGACCCAUUCCCAGAGGUGUCUGACCUGGCCAUGAAGGUCCUCAACAGCAUCGCCUACAAGGCCCUGUCUCUGUCUCUGUCUCCCCAGGCCACUAUGAACGCUCGGCCCCAGAGGAUCCUGGACUCUGGCUGUCUCACCCAGUCGGCCCCCGCCAGCCCCACCAGCAAGGGCACACACAUCCACCAGGCAGGUGGUUCUCCCCCCAUGCCUAGUGCCAGCAGCUCCAGUCUGACCAACGAGGUGCCCAAACCCCCGACACGCGUAGGAGAACAGCCCCCCACGCGACCCCCCUACACCCCCACGCUGGGCGGACAGGCCCCCCACUCCCACCAGUUCCCCCGCACGCGCAAGAUGUUCGACAAGGGGCCCUCCGGCUCUGAACAGGCCGGUGAUGAUGCAGAUGACCCAGGAGGUCACAAGGCCUACAUGAAUGCCAACCUGUCUACAGGGCUGUGUGACUGGAGCGCCAAGUACUUUGCUCAGCCUGUUAUGAAGAUUCCAGAGGAGCAUGAUGUGGAGAGCCAGGUGAGGAAAGAGAGGGAGUGGAGGUUCCUGAGGAACGCCCGCGUUCGAAAACAGAGCCAACGCAUCACGCAGAGAGGCGUGACGCGUCUGGAUGACCAGAUCUUCAUCAACCGUAACCCUGGCGUUCCCUCCGUGGUCAAGUUCCACCCCUUCAACCCCUGCAUCGCCGUGGCAGACAAAGACAGCAUCUGUUUCUGGGACUGGGAGAAGGGGGAGAGGUUGGACUACUUCUACAACGGGAACCCUCGCUACACCCGCAUCACAGCUAUGGAGUACCUCAACGGACACGACUGCUCACUACUGCUCACUGCUACAGAUGACGGGGCGUUGCGUAUCUGGAAGAACUUUGCGGACCAGCGGAACCCAGAGAUGGUGACAGCUUGGCAAGGCCUGUCCGACAUGCUCCCCACCACCCGAGGUCAGCCAUCCUCCAGCUCCCACAGUCUGGCCAGGCGGGUCUCCAUCUAUCUUGACAGGAGUAAGGGACAGGGAGGUGCAGGCAUGGUGGUGGACUGGGAGCAGGAGACGGGGCUGCUGAUGACGUCUGGAGACGUGAGGGUCAUCAGGAUCUGGGACACGGAGAGGGAGAUGAAGGUCCAGGACAUCCCAACGGGGGCAGACAGCUGUGUGACUAGCCUAUCAUGUGACUCACAGCGGUCUCUCAUCGCGGCGGGGCUUGGCGACGGCUCGGUCCGCGUCUAUGACAGAAGGAUGGGCGCCAACGAGUGUCGUGUGAUGACGUACCGGGAACACUCGUCCUGGGUGGUCAAGGCCCACUUACAGAAGCAGACGGAUGGCAAAAUCAUUAGUGUCAGUGUUGAUGGAGACGUGCGGUUCUUCGAGCUGCGGUCGCCUGACUCUGUGAACGUGCUGCAGACGGUGAAGGGGUUAACAGCGCUGGACAUCCAUCCACAGGCCAACCUGUUCGCCUGUGGAUCGAUGAACCAGUUCAUAGCGGUGUACAACUCCAGCGGUGAUGUCAUCAGCAACAUCAAGUAUUAUGAGGGGUUCAUGGGCCAAAGGAUCGGGGCUAUCAGCUGUUUGGCCUUCCAUCCCUACUGGCCCCACCUAGCGGUGGGCAGCAACGACUACUACAUGUCCAUCUACUCAGCGGAGAAGAGGCUCAGAUAACCCCUCAGCAUCAACCCCCCCCGCCUCGAACUUUACCUUUGACCCCUGACCUCUCUCCCCUCGGAGCCAGGAUGUAAAUGACUUCUAAUGUACAUAUGCAAUUAUUACCACCCCUGAAUGUUCUAUAGUGACGGCUGCUGACAAACUCAUGUUAUGAUGACUUAUAUUAUUAUUCUUGAUCGUUUAUUCAUAUUCUUAUUAUGAAGCUAUUGAUUGUAGACUUGGCAGUGCUGAGGAGUGUGUAUAUUUAAUUGCGUAUAUACAGAGACAAAUAAUAGGUCUAUUUUAAAGGUUCCAGCCUUGGCUGGGGCAGACUGGCGUUGUCACUACCUGAAUGAACUCUGAAUGACCUCUACAUGACUUUUCUAUGACCUCUAUGCAUCGGGGUCAAGGGGUUGUCAAGAGAUAGACAAUUCCCUCUCUACUCUCACACACACACUCACACAUGACUCUGGACCUAAAGGCGUGGCUCACGGACGCCCGCAUGACCCUUAUUGAAAACCCCCCCCACCCUUGCAAUAGCUAAUAGACUUUCUCUCACUGCUCGCUCACAAGAUGGUGGACUACGUGCUUUUCCGGCCAGGCACUUUGACCGACGGGGAGCAUCUGGUGUGUGAGAAAGUUAAAUGUAGAACAGAGCACAGAUGAGCCCAAAGUUGGCCCACAGCCUUGGACACAAACUGAUGCCCAUAUAGAUGUCCACUACCAUGCUAUACUGUAGGACUAACCAAACCUCCUUGCAUCCAUGCGCCCAAUUGUGCUAAACUCACCAACCUUUGCCAUUCAUCUCCAUUGUCCUUAGCACAAUGGGUGACUACUGCUCAGUUCUAAUCCCAAGACUGAAUGCUACCUGUCUGCCCUACCUGCAAAGCAAUAAUGAAUUAGCAAGGAGCUCUGUACAGCCUCCAAGCCUCUGCUGCUCCAGCUCCAGACCCCCCACUCAACAGCUGAGCCAUACCCGCCUGAGGAGCCCCAGCACUGGGAGACACGGAGCAGUUCGCUGGGGUCCUGAAGUAUCAGCUCCAGAGCUCUGGCUGAGGCCCGCUUGGACCAUGCCCAUCCCCAGUCUUUCCUACAGACAUAACCCCAGCCAGAAGCACUCUGAGGCUGGACGAGAAGAAAAACAGCGCCCACUGCAUCCCCUCAUCCCAAUUGACAGCAAUACGAAGCGGUCUUGUGGGGCAGAGGGUUCUGCUGCUACUUUGCUGCAUCCUCGCACACAGGCUUAUGAGGACUUUAUGAACUGUGCAAGGACUGUCCCCAGAAACACACACCCCAGCCCUAGGCAGCCCUUUCCCCUGUGUGCCAACAACCAACCUCCCCCCUGCUAUCCGCUACAGUUUUUGGAGAAAAGUCUGCAGCAAUUAUUUUCUCCUAUCUUUAAUUUUUUUCUUUUAACCUUGCUUUUAUUUGCCAGACGUGUUUGGUUUGAUAUUCUUUAGCAGAAAGGGAGUUUCAAGAAGAUUGUGAUAGAGUUGAGUCAAAAAACAGGAGUGACUUCAGACCUUCCUCACUUGGUGUAAUACCAAUGGUAAAUACACAGGAAUGCUCCAUAGCGCUUCUUCAGUUCAGUGUCCUUGUUGUUAAAAGCCACAGCUCUCCUGUCAACUUCCAACACUAGCUCAGGUACCUCAUGAGCCACAAUAUACCACAGAAUACCACAACGUCUCCGCAUGAUAGACACAGAGGUCUGACUGCCACAAGGUCUGGUGUUACUCUUGAUGUGACCUUCCUGUUUUUCUUUUAAACUUUUUUUUUCCCCCAUUCGCUUUUUUGUAAUUUUAUAUUUUUAAUUUGCUGGUGUUUGUUUGCCUUUGGAUCUCAGUGGGAUGGAGAGAUGGGAGAGGACUGUUUCUCCCCCUUUCACAGACGCUCUCUCCCACCCGGUGUCUCUCCUCAUACUCACCCAUGGAUGCUACCCUCACCUUUUUGCCUCUAAGGUCAACCUAGAAAGGAAUGGACAAUAAUGCUUUGCCUGUGGACUGAAGGUAACCGGUAACACAUGCCAUGCGUUCUGUAUAAGCGGCUGCACUCGCAGUCAUAACCAAGCCCCACUACGCUCUGUAGCUCCCCCUCUAGUGUAUGGAGGAGGUACUACAGCCUUCACUGCUUUCACUGACACCUACAGCAAAACCCCCACAGUGCUGUGUGUCAGCCAUGCUCAGAAUCACAUCUAGAUAUCCUGCUUUGAGUUUUAACAUUUUAGAUAUGGAAACAAAAUAAACUUUAAAGACAUAGAAGGAAAAAUUGAAACAAUCAGGUGUUUCUCUGUGACGGUAGACUGCUUUGCUGACUGGUUUAUAAGACAGGAGGUGAAGUCAGUAAAAUAAACCAAAUACACAACAAGA